CGGAAACACCUCCGCAUGGUAGGGAGCCGUCGCAUGAAGGCGCAAACUUUUGCCGAGCGGCGGAGAAGUUUCAGCCGGUCCUGGAGUGACCCAACUCCCAUUAAGCCUGAAAACCUCAGUGAUUCCCGAGAAAGCCAUGAAUUCCAGGACUCCUGCUGUGCCGUUGACAAAGACGUUGACUUGAACUGGGAGGCAGAGAAAGAACUGGAAGCAGCCGCCUGCAGCGGGGAGGACUUCGUUCCCCCCAAAAUCAUGCUCAUUUCCUCCAAAGUGCCCAAAGCUGAGUAUGUUCCAACAAUUAUCCGUCGCGAUGACCCAUCGAUCAUCCCCAUUCUCUACGAUCAUGAACAUGCCACCUUUGAUGACAUUCUGGAGGAAAUUGAAAAAAAACUGAACAUCUACCGGAAGGGCUGCAAAAUUUGGAAAAUGAUGAUUUUUUGCCAGGGAGGUCCGGGCUAUUUAUACCUCUUGAAGAAUAAAGUCGCCACUUUUGCCAAAGUGGAGAAGGAGGAAGACAUGAUCUACUUCUGGAAGCGGUUGGGCCGUCUGAUGAGCAAGCUGAACCCGGUCCCGAAUGUCAUCCACAUCAUAGGGUGUUACGUCUUGGGGAACCACAAUGGUGAGAAGCUGUUCCAAAACCUAAAGAAUCUCAUGAGCCCUUGUUCUGUGACCUUUGAAUCUCCUCUUGAACUUUCAGCUCAAGGAAAGGAAAUGAUUGAGACUUAUUUCGACUUCCGUCUCUACCGAGUCUGGAAAACCCGCCAGCAUUCCAAGCUGUUCGAUUACGACGACAUUUUAUGAGGGCCGCCAGGACGGGGGCCAGCAGAAAUCUCCACGGGUAUCCCGAGCAGGCGGGCGUCGCCAAGAGCGGGAGAUCUUUUUCACGGUUGGCGAGGAGGCCCAGAGAGGCUCCCAAGAAGCCAGUAGAGGGCCUUCAAGAAGUCCGCCGGGCAACUUGAGGCACAAGUUGGAUGGAGCACGGUGGAUGGGGGUGGGCGAGGUGGCAUGUCUUCAGGGACCGAGGUGGUUUCAGAUGGCAAGACGCCCAACGCCAUGACAGGUCUUCUCCGAAGACAUUUGAAGCUCAGGUUUCCUACAACCGAUCAUCUCGUUUAUCUUUACUUCACUGUCAUGAAGGGCGAAGAAGAACUUCUCUGGUCCAGCGUUGGAGAGGAUUGAUCAAACCCUUCGGUGGGUUUGAAGAAAGCCAGACCUCAGAAAAAGUCUCAUCCAUUUUAAGAACAUGUGUGAAUUCUCUCUCACACAACAACACACACCCAUACAACCCAUACACAUCUACAGAAGUGCAAUUUUCUUUCUUUCUUUCUUUCUUACGAAC